UAAUUUUUCAACUCUGUUUGGUUGUUUUGCAUCUUGCGGCUACCUCAAUGCCUCACUGAUCUGACAUCUGAAUCUUUCUUGCCGCUACCUCACUGAUCUGAAAUCUGAAUCUCUUCUCUGAUGGUUGCAGGCAUACGAACACAGCAGGUGGAGGUAAGCCAUAGAAGAAGCUGAAGCUUCGUUACAGGCAUGUAAAGAUGCACAGUCUACUUCGUAUCUUCUCGCGACUCUCUGUUUCUCCUGCAAUCUCAAGAUCCUUCCGAGAAGCCACAAUUGGAGAUGUAAGAAUCGCUUUAAAUCCUCUUGAAUCGUUGAGAAUUACGAGCUUGAAGUCCUACUUUUCGAAAUCUGACAAUGGUGGAAACGAAGAAGAUGCAUGGUCUAAAGAAUGGAAGAACACUGGUUCGUCAACAGAAUCCAACGAGAGCUCCGAUUUAAGUUGGGACUCUGUGUCGUCGUGGUCUACUGGUCUGACCAAAGAGCACUUCGAUGGUGAAGCCAUCGGCCGGCAGGUUUCUCCGGGGAAAGCGGAGGUUGUGCCGAUGUCGCCGUCUAUGUCUUCGGAGGACAUUGAUGAGGUGGCAGAGUUGGAGAAAGAGAACAGAAGGAGUAGAGAGUUUGUUGAUGGAUGGGGCGAGAGGAUGAACGAGAUGAGUGUUUUGUUGAAGCAGGUGAGAGAGCCCGGCUCUAGGGGUUCCUAUCUGAAGGACUCUGAGAAGGCUGAGAUGUAUCGAUUGCACAAGGAGAACCCCGAUGUGUAUACUAUUGAGAGAUUGGCGAAGGAUUACCGUAUAAUGAGGCAGAGGGUCCAUGCGAUUCUCUGGUUGAAGGAGCUUGAGGAGGAAGAGGAGAAAAAGCUUGGUCACCCGUUGGAUGAUUCUGUUGAGCUUUUGCUUGAUGCUUGCCCUGAGU